GAAAAUUGAAAAAUGCGAACCAUGGUAAAAACAAACAACCUCCGUCUGGAAAACCUGAUGCCGUCACCUAAUCAUUUUCAAAGCAGGCCGGCGACGGUUUAUCCGGGGCCAGUUAGCGUUAAUUUUGUUCCUUUCCGAAGGAACACGUCAGCCUCGACUCAUUUUUAAUUCACCACCGCACGUUAGGACCAACCCUUUUGCUUUCUUUUUCUCUCUCUAUCAAUCUCAAACGGCUAAACGUGACACCCUGUAUUCCUUCCCCGGUCCCAUUCCAAAAUUUCAAAAAAGUCCCCCAACUUUCUCAAAAUUAAAAUCUGAUCCCAGUUCAAAAAUCAGGCAUUUCUAAAUAUCCAUUUUUGAUCCUUUUCUCGAGAAAAAAAAGAUUUUCCGAGAAACAGAGCGAGAGAUGACAAUGGAUAGAGAGAAGGAGAGAGAGAUAGAGCUCGAAAGCGCAAUGUACACGAAUUGCUUGCUUUUAGGUUUGGAUCCGUCUAUAAUCGGACUCGGAACCUCCAACGGAACCCCACGGGUCGGACUCUUCCGUCAUUCCAACCCUAAACUAGGCGAACAGCUUCUUUACUUCAUCCUCUCUUCUCUUCGUGGCCCCACUCAAUCUGCCAGAGAUUUCGAUAGAGUUUGGCCGAUUUUUGACUCAGCGCAAUCUCGUGAUUUUCGAAAGGUUGUGCAAGGGAUAAUUAGUGAGCUGGAAGCACAAGGAGCUCUACCGAGGAGUAAUUCUAGGGUUUCUUCGCUUGCUACUUGCUGUGGACCGAGGUUUGUUGAACUUUUAUGGCAACUUUCAUUGCAUGCGUUGAGAGAGGUUCAUAGACGGACUUUUGCAUCAGAUGUUGCUUCUAACCCGUUGCCUGCGCCAUUGACUGAUGUUGCUUUUUCACAUGCUGCUACACUACUUCCUGUAACAAAGGCUAGAAUAGCACUUGAACGGAGGAGAUUUCUGAAAAAUGCAGAAACAGCAGUGCAGAGACAGGCUAUGUGGUCAAAUUUGGCUCAUGAAAUGACUGCAGAGUUUCGUGGUCUUUGUGCUGAGGAGGCUUAUUUGCAGCAAGAGCUGGAAAAACUACAUGACUUGAGGAACAAAGUGAAGUUGGAAGGGGAGCUAUGGGAUGAUCUUGUCUCUACUUCAAGUCAGAAUUCUCAUUUGGUUUCAAAAGCCACCCGCUUGUGGGACUCUAUAUUAUCUCGUAAAAGUCAGCAUGAAGUUCUUGCUUCAGGCCCUAUUGAGGAUUUGAUAGCUCAUCGGGAGCAUAGGUACCGCAUCUCUGGAUCGUCUUUGCUUGCAGCUAUGGAUCAGAGUUCUCAAGUUCCUUAUACAGACGUCUUAUCUGUUCAGUCUGGUGAUUUGGAUGACAAAGAACAGAAUGAUGAAUAUCACACGCAGAUCAAUGAAGAAACACUUUCUCGGAUAGAUGAUAGAAGUGGAAGAGUCCACCAGCCUGUUGAUGUAGCAGAAAUUAUCAGACGUUGGACGCAUGCAUUACAACGCAUUCAUAAACAGUCACUUCUGCUGGCAAAAGCUAAUGAUGGAGAGGGUCCUGAUAUUUUACAAAGUACACAUGAUGGUGACACAAGUGGCCAUGCUGAGUCAUUAGCUGCAACUCUUGCUGAGCAUCAGCAACACCUGGCUAGCUUUCAGGUACUUAUUAAUCAACUAAAGGAAGUUGCUCCAGCAAUCCAAAAGUCAAUAUCAGAGUGUACAGAGAAAGUAAAUAGCAUUUCCUCCAACUUACCUACAAUGGCUAAACAUCAUGGUCAAGCCACCUCACCUAUUCAAGCUCAGAGCAGUGGAAGGAUGUUGGAAAGUAGAUCUGAUGAUGUUGGUGACAUUACUUCAAAAAUGUCCACUGUUCACCUUGAGAAGAUUUCAUCUGGUCCUCCUGCUUUAAAGCUCCCACAGUUAUUUAGUUUAACCCCAAAUUCAUCUGGAAAAGGUGGAAACAUGCAAAAGCGACAUACUUUAGUUCCUCAGACCAACCAAAUUGACACUUUAUCUGAAAGAAGCUCUGUGGAGCAGCCUCUAGCAAACAAUCGCCUAGAUAACCCACCCAAAGACAGUGACGUUUCUUAUGUUCAGAACUUAAAGAGAUCUGUUAGGCAAGCUGCAUUGUCAAUGCCAUCGUGCAAUUCAGAGUCAUCACUAAACAGUCAAUCUGAUGAAGGUUCUGAACACUUCUUUGUACCUGUUUCAUCAACUAAUUUUUUUCGUGGGGGACCAGAAACUAAAGUGGGCUCGAUAAGGAGUAAGAGAUUAUUUUCAACUCAAACGGACAAUUCCUUGCUUGACAACCAUGGGAGUAACUAUGAUGAUCUACCACAUAUAUUGAACAAUCUGGAUUCUCUUAGUAAUUAUGAUCAAGUAAAUGGAUUUCUAUCAGCUGCUACUUCAAGUUAUGCAGCUUCCAAUGGGCAUAGGUCAUUUUUUGACAUAGAAGAAGUGCAGGAUCAGGUCUUCUCCCCUCCUUUGCUGAUGGACACAUCCUUAUUAGUUGAUUCUUAUGAGGAUUUGCUCGCUCCACUUUCAGAAACAGAAACUGCCUUGAUGGAGCAUUGAGAUAUAGUUUAGACGAUCCUGCUCGGAUGGUUUUGUUUUUGAACCCUGGUUGGGAUGUGCAGCACUCUCCCAUUGAUUUGUUGUAUGCACGAUGCUUGUAUUUACUUUCAGAGACAGAUCUACAACGGGGGCAGGUACUCCCACUGAAAUCUUGAAGAUUUCUUGGUAUUAUUUUGUAACUAAAACAAGUUUAAGAAAAGUUGUAAUUUUGCCCACACUGAAUUUAAAUUUGGUUAUUGUUCAUACUCUGUGUAUUGAAUGUUGAAGAGCUCUUUGGUACUGACGAGUAUUGAGGUAAGAUCGCUCGUCGAAGUUUCGUAAUUUUUUAAUACAAUAUGAAGAUAAAUCAAGGCAAUCUAAAGUAUUCUUUAAUCUCUUAGUGCUUGUAAUGCGUAUUUCAUUAGAUCGUGUUCUCUGAUUACUUGGCGGACACAUUUAUUUUAUGCACAAAGCUGUAGAUGACGUUCAUUGCUUGCAAACGAGGUUUAUUGACUGUGUUUUUGGAUUAUUUUUAGAAUGAGAAACGAAUUGGGAAAGAGUCUGUGCAUAGCCUUAGUAUUUGAUCUCUUCUUUCGGUUUCAG